AAGAAAUGUCAAUUUGACGUUUAAAAAACGUGUUGAUAUGAGACCUAACCUCAAAAUGUCUUCAACAACAAAUCCUUUAAUUUUUAACAUAAUUUCGGAAUGUAAAACGACUAAAGGACGCGUAGCAAAAAUGAUUUUACCUCAUAGCGAAGUCGAUACACCCGUUUUUAUGCCAGUGGGAACACAAGGUACUUUAAAAGGGUUAUUACCGGAACAAUUACACAAUUUAGGAGUACAAAUUAUGUUAGCAAAUACGUAUCAUUUAGGAACACAUCCAGGUCCUGAUAUUUUAAAACAAGCUGGUGGUUUGCACAAAUUUAUGGGUUGGGAUGGUGCCUUAUUAACAGAUUCGGGCGGUUUUCAAAUGGUGUCGUUAUUAAAAUUGGCUGAAAUCACUGAGGAAGGUGUUAAAUUCCAAUCUUUGAACGAUACCAAAUCUGAGGUUAUGUUAACUCCUGAGCAUUCAAUUAAAAUACAAAACGCGAUCGGUGCUGAUAUAAUCAUGCAAUUAGAUGAUGUUGUUAAAACAACCAACCCAGAUAAAGAAAGAAUAGCUGAAUCAGUUGAUAGAACAACAAGAUGGUUAGAUCGAUGUUUAAGUGCUCACGAAAAUCCUAAUGAACAAAAUAUUUUCCCAAUUGUACAAGGAACUUUAUUUAGUGAUCUUAGAACAAAAAGUGCGCAAGAUUUGAUUCAAAGGGAUGUUAAAGGAUAUGCAAUUGGUGGGUUGAGUGGGGGUGAAAGUAAAGAUGAUUUUUGGAAAAUGGUGUUGUUAUCAACGAAUAUUUUACCUAAAGAUAAACCUAGGUAUUUAAUGGGAGUUGGUUUUGCUGUAGAUUUAGUCGUUUGUUGCGCUUUAGGUGUUGAUAUGUUUGAUUGUGUUUUUCCAACAAGAACUGCUAGAUUUGGUUGUGCUUUAACAAUGACGGGCCAAUUAAAUUUGAAACAAAAACAAUACAAAAAAGAUAUGAACCCAAUUGAUAAAGAUUGUUCAUGUACUACUUGUAAAACAUAUACAAGAGCUUAUUUACAUGGGAUUGUAACAGCUUUACCUGUUGCUUGUAAUUUAUUAACAGUUCAUAAUGUUGCAUUUCAAUUAAGGUUAAUGAAAAGCAUUCGAGAAAGUAUAAAAGAAAAUAAAUUUUCUAUGUUUAUUAAAAAUUUUAUGGAUGGUUUAUAUCCUAAUGGAGAUUAUCCCAAUUGGAUUAGAGAUGCUUUGGAGGCUGUAAAUGUUUCUUUAUAAAUAAAUUAAAACGUUUUAUUUUUAAA